CGUUCCCCCAUCUCCACUGGCCAUCUCUAAGUCACAUUAAGGUUAGAAUUGUGCGCACAUUUCGAAGCGAGUGAAGUGAGCUUGUUGUUUUACAUCAAAUAGAAUCGGAAGCAUUCGUUUAACUGUCUUGUUAAUAUUUCGCAGUACCAGUUUAAUUCACAAUGUUCCGUUUGCCUGUUUCGCUUGCUCGCACCUCCAUCAGCCGCCAGCUGGCCAUGCGCGGCUAUGCCAAGGACGUGCGAUUCGGUGCCGAGGUGCGCGCCAUGAUGCUGCAGGGCGUCGAUGUGCUGGCCGAUGCCGUGGCCGUGACCAUGGGUCCAAAGGGCCGCAACGUGAUCAUCGAGCAGUCGUGGGGCUCGCCCAAGAUCACCAAGGACGGCGUGACGGUGGCCAAGUCCAUUGAGCUGAAGGACAAGUUCCAGAACAUUGGCGCCAAGCUGGUCCAGGAUGUGGCCAACAAUACGAACGAAGAGGCUGGCGACGGCACCACCACCGCCACCGUUCUGGCCCGCGCCAUCGCCAAGGAGGGCUUCGAGAAGAUCUCGAAGGGCGCCAAUCCCGUCGAGAUUCGUCGCGGAGUCAUGUUGGCCGUGGAGACGGUGAAGGACAACCUGAAGGCCAUGUCGCGCACGGUGAAGACGCCCGAGGAGAUCGCCCAGGUGGCCACCAUCUCGGCCAACGGUGACCUGGCCAUCGGCAAUCUGAUCAGCGAGGCCAUGAAGAAGGUGGGACGCGAUGGCGUCAUCACCGUCAAGGACGGCAAGACCCUCAACGACGAGCUGGAGGUGAUCGAGGGCAUGAAGUUCGAUCGCGGCUACAUCUCGCCCUACUUCAUCAACUCGUCCAAGGGCGCCAAGGUGGAGUUCCAGGACGCCCUGCUCCUGCUGUCCGAGAAGAAGAUCUCCUCGGUGCAGAGCAUCAUUCCCGCCCUGGAGCUGGCCAACGCGCAGCGCAAGCCGCUGGUCAUCAUUGCCGAGGACAUCGAUGGCGAGGCCCUCAGCACCCUGGUGGUGAACCGCCUGAAGAUCGGCCUGCAGGUGGCCGCCGUGAAGGCUCCCGGAUUCGGGGACAACCGGAAGAGCACCCUCACCGACAUGGCCAUCGCCUCCGGCGGCAUUGUCUUCGGCGAUGAUGCCGAUCUCGUCAAGCUGGAGGACGUGAAGGUCAGCGAUUUGGGGCAGGUGGGCGAGGUGGUGAUCACCAAGGACGACACGCUGCUGCUGAAGGGCAAGGGCAAGAAGGAGGAUGUGCUGCGUCGCGCCACCCAGAUCAAGGAACAGAUCGAGGACACCACCUCGGAGUACGAGAAGGAGAAGCUGCAGGAGCGCCUGGCCCGUCUGGCCUCAGGCGUGGCCCUGCUCCGCGUCGGCGGCUCCAGCGAGGUGGAGGUCAACGAGAAGAAGGACCGCGUCCACGAUGCCCUGAACGCCACCCGUGCCGCCGUCGAAGAGGGAAUCGUUCCCGGAGGCGGCACCGCUCUGCUGCGCUGCAUUGAGAAGCUGGACUCCGUGAAGACCUCCAACGAGGAUCAGAACCUCGGCGUGGAGAUUGUGCGUCGUGCCCUGCGCAUGCCCUGCAUGACGAUCGCCAAGAAUGCCGGCGUGGAUGGCGCCAUGGUGGUGGCCAAGGUGGAGACCCAGACCGGCGACUACGGCUACGAUGCGCUGAAGGGCGAGUACGGCAACCUGAUCGAGAAGGGCAUCAUUGACCCGACCAAGGUGGUGCGCACCGCCAUCACCGACGCCUCCGGCGUGGCCUCGCUGCUGACCACCGCCGAGGCUGUGGUGACCGAGAUCCCCAAGGAGGACGGAGCUCCUGGCAUGCCCGGCAUGGGUGAUGGGCGGCAUGGGAGGCAUGGGCGGCAUGGGUGGCAUGAUGUAAGCCAGCCCCAUGAGACUUUGAAGCCAGCGUACUGUUUAAGUCAUGAUGCGGAGCACGGCGGCGCAGAGGAGGGCCAGCGAACGGAGCCCCAGUCGAGGCGAGACCCACCAAUAUCUCUUACAUCGGUGCAUCCAGAGCCAGGUUCACACACCACACACCACUACCAGCACCUCUGUUUUGACUCACAUGCACCACACACUCUAAUCCUCUGAUGAAAUAUUGUUUUGCUUCGCAUUUAUACUUUGGCAAAAGGCAAACACGUCAACAAUGACAACAACAACGACAACAACAACAACACAUAAACAUCGGUCUGGAUGUGAGCUCGCCGAGACUUCUGCGUUCGCUCCGCCCCGCGCCCCGCUUCCAUUAUGUUCUACGUUUUUUUAACUAUUCCUUAAAUCUAUUUUUUUUACAUGUUAUAUAUGUAAAGAUACCGUUAGUUGUAAAAUAUAAAAUAAAACAGAAGUUAAAUUGAGGAAAAAC